CUCAAAAAAAUUUUUUUAAAGAAAUUCAUGGAUGCCUCCAACACUUUUGGCCCUCUUUUUAAAUCUCGUUUGGAUCGAGUAUUGAAUCAAUCUACAAAUUUUAAAGCUUUUUGUUUUGCUCAUCAUAUUGUUAAGCCGGUACUUCAGGUUGGGCCAACUUGUGGUUUUGCAUCAUUAUCCAAUGCUUUAAAUAUUUACAACCUAAAAUCUCCCAAUUUGAAUGAUUUGGUAGAAUUGGGACGCUUUUUUGGAAUAACAAACGGAGGGGAAAUAUUUUCUGUUGAAUGGUUUUGUAAUUUUAUACAAAAAUAUUGGCCUAGUCUACACCCGAAAAUUGCAGAAUUUGGUGAAAUGAAGUCUUCAAUAAUUGAAUAUUUUGGAAGAAGGGAAAAUAAUAAGAUUCCGACAAUUUUAAUUCCUUAUGAUUGUGAUAGAGGAAAUUUUGAGCCUUGUAAUCGUAAUGGAUUUGGAGCGCAUUGGGCUAUUUUGACAGGGUGUCUUUUACUUUAUGAAGAUAAUGCUGAAGAAGAAUUUAAUGAAGAAAAUAUUAAAAUAAUUAAUUCGUCAACUGAAUUUAAUAAUGUUGUAAAUGGUAUGAAAUUGGACGAGAAAAAUUUAUAUUUAAUUGGAUAUCAGGGAAAGAGCAGGUCCGUUUUCAUUUUUUUGGUGUUUUAAUGGCUGCCAUCAGAGGUGGGUCGGAAUCCAGAUUUCCGACGUUUUUUUCUUUUUGAUUUCAGGAAAAUUUUGAUUUCCAAGUUUCGACUUUUGAGCCAGUUCCGAUUUCCGGCUCUUCCGAUUUCCGACACCUGACUGUUCCGACCCACAUCUGGAUGACAUAUCGGGAUGGACUUAUCGGGAUUUAAUGUAUGAAGAGUUUCCCUAGUUAUUUUGCAAUCUACGACCUCACAUUCAGGAUCUUCGUGACCCUUUUAAAGAAAAGAAUUUUUGUUCUAGAAGCACAAAAGACGUUAUUCUCACACAAUCCCGAUAUGUCUGGUCCGAUAUAUGUCCUCAUACCGUUUUAAUUGAACUUAUUUUUGUCCUUUUGAGACUUGAAAUUAACCACAGGGGAUGGAUUUUAUUUCGAUAUUUU